AUGCAAUACAAUGCUUCAUCAGAGGCAUGGGAAUUUCAAGAAGUGCGUCAACCAUUUCGUUAUCGAAAUCCUCCUUCCUUGUGGGCCAUUCUGGGUAUAGGAGCUAGAAAUUUUGAUACAUUUUUCGCGUUUGAGGAUCACUUUAGUUCUUUCGAAGAGGUAAGCAAAGCUUGUAACCGUGCUGGAUUAGAAAAGUGUGGUUUGAUUUUCGGUGUUGAUUUCAGUGCCUCCAAUGAGUGGCAAGGAAGAAAGUCAUUUUCUGGACAAAACCUACAUCGUAUCAUUCCGUCCCGUGUCUAUAAUCCAUAUCAGAAAGUGAUUCAUAUUUUAGGCAAGACUUUGGAACCUUUUGAUGAAGAUAAUUUAAUUCCAGCAUUUGGAUUUGGUGACAGUGUUACUAUGGGUGAUGAUGUAUUUUCACUACACCCAGAAGGACGUUACUGUGAAAGAUUUAGUGAUGUUUUAGAAAAAUAUAGUGAGGUAGCUACUAAAGUGACUUUAGGGGGACCAACAAACUUUGCUCCCUUAAUAUAUAAAGCCAUAGAAAUAGUGAAAACUUUAAAACGUUACCACAUUUUAGUGAUUGUGGCAGAUGGACAAGUGAAUGAAGAACAGCAGACUAUAAAAGCCAUUGUGGAUGCCUCCAAUUUUCCACUAAGUAUUAUAGUCGUAGGUGUUGGUGAUGGACCAUGGGAUAUUAUGGAAGAUUUUGAUAAUUGUUUGCCACAACGAAAAUUUGACAACUUCCAAUUUGUUAAUUUUCAUGGAGUGACUUCCAAAAGUAGAAAUCCAGAAACAAGCUUUGCUUUACAUGCCUUAAUGGAAAUACCUGACCAGUAUAAAACUAUGAAAACAUUAGGACUGGUUAAUCCAGACACAGAAAUUAAAAGUUCUCCAGUGAAAAGUUCACCAUUGAGAAGCCCAACAAAAUCCACUGAAACUUUGAUAGCAUAA